CCCCCUUCCUUUCUGAACAACUACUGUUCGUCCAUCCUGUCCACUUCUUUUGGAUCGUCGGAUUACAGCAGGGUGCACGCCGGCAACUCCGACUCAACUAUAAAACCUCGAUUAAAAAAAACACAUAUCAUCAUGUCUGGUCUACAGUGCCUUGGUGAAGAUAACAUCUGGUUUGAGAAGCCCCGCUACGACGAGGCUGAGAGACGCUUCUACGAGGGAGCCAACGGCCCCUCCACACACUCACACCACCAGGUAAAGUCAGCGCUCCAAGGUAGAGGACGAUCUCGUCCCCAGAAGCGCCAGCACAGGAAUUCUUCCUCAGCCAGCGGGGACCAGGAGUUGGUGUCUCGUAUGAAGAGUCUGGAGCUGGAGAACCAGGGACUGCACAAAGUGGUGGAGGAUCUGAGAGCAGCCUUGUUCAAGCUGGAGAACAGAGUCCGGGUUCUGGAGAGGAGCCCAGCUGUUCCCUGUGCCAAGGUGGGUUUAGAGAAGUCUAAUUUACACUGUCCGCUUGGUCUGUUCAAGCAGGAGAACAGAGUCCGGGUUCUGGAGAGGAGCCCAGCUGUUCCCUGUGCCAAGGCGGUGACUGUUCAGUCUGUGAAGGUAGAGGAGGAGGAUGAUGAUGAGAUGGAUCUCUUUGGGAGUGAUGAGGAGGAUGAAGAGGCAGAGAGGCUGAAGGAGGAGAGAAUCGCUGCUUACGCUGCCAAGAAGUCCAAGAAACCAGCACUCAUCGCCAAGUCCUCUAUCCUGCUCGAUGUCAAACCUUGGGAUGAUGAGACAGACAUGUCUAAGUUGGAGGAGUGUGUGAGGUCUGUUGUAGCUGACGGUCUGCUGUGGGGUCAGUCCAAGCUGGUUCCCGUGGGUUACGGCAUAAAGAAGCUUCAGAUCGGGUGUGUUGUCGAGGACGACAAGGUGGGGACAGACCUGCUAGAGGAAGAGAUCACCAAGUUUGAGGACUAUGUCCAGAGUGUCGACGUGGCUGCCUUCAACAAGAUCUAAGCCUCUCCUCCCUCCUUCCCUCCCCUCCUUCCUUCCUCCCUCCCCUCCCCUCCCCUCCCCUCCCCUCCCCUCCCCUCCCCUCCCCUCCUCUCCUCUCCUCCUUCCCUCCCUCCCUCCCUCCCCUCCCCUCCCUCCUCUCCUCCUUCCCUCCCUCCCCUCCCUCCUCUCCUCCUUCCCUCCCUCCCCUCCCUCCUCUCCUCCUUCCCUCCCUCCCCUCCCUCCUCUCCUCCUUCCCUCCCUCCCCUCCCCUCUCUCCCCUCCCCUCCUCUCCCCUCCUCUCCCCUCCCCUCCCUCCCCUCCCCUCCUCUCCUCCUCCCCUCCCCCCUCUCCAGUCAUCCAAAGAGUUACUGCUGCUCUCUGCUUCCAGUUACUAAUAAAACACAGCUUUAAGCACAAA